AUGCCUCCGCCUGACCUUGAAGGAGGUGUUCCAGAUUCAUCAGUUGGGUCAGAUCCUGCUGCCACGGCUUCCUCAUCUACUCUAGAAGAUAUUCCUUCCCUAAUUGAGAGGGCUAUAGCAAAACUACCUCCAGAUCUUGCUGCCCAUGCUGUUGACACAAAGAGAAAGGCAAGAUCUCAAGACCCAGGAUGGAAGUAUGGGUGGUGGCCAGAUCCUUCCAAGAAGGACUUUGUGCAGUGCAUAUUUUGCAGGAAGGUAGUCCCAUCCGGAAUAUGCAGAUUCAAGCAGCACCUUGCUGGGGGGUAUGGAGAUGCAAUAAAAUGUCCUAAUACUCCAGCAAUAGUUAGGAAGGAGAUAGCUGUUUAUCUGAAAAAGAGUUCAAGGACUGUUCUUGUGGAGGUACCUGUAGAAGAUGAAGAUGAACAAGAUGCUGCUGGUGCAGAAGAACUUGCAGCUGUACCAGUACCAAGUUCUGGAACAAAAGUUAAGCAAGCCAAGAAGAAGAUUGCUCAGGCUGCCAUCACUUCUUUCACUAUAUCUGCUGCAGCAAAACCAGCAACUCAAAAACAGUCCAGGUCAGUGAGUUCCAUGCUUUGCAAGUCACCAGAAGAAGUAGUUGCAGAGAGGCACAAAUCCAAGCAAAGUCAACCUACACUUGAGCAGUGCACAAAGAAAAAUAAGGAGGCCAAAGUAAUUGUUGAUGAUCAUGUUGCCGAUUUCUUUUAUGAGAAUCGCAUUCCAUUGAACGUCAUUAAUUCAAGAAGCUGGGAAGUUUUGCUUGAGUCAAUUGGACAAUAUGGUCCUGGGUACCGCUCACCAUCAUAUCAUGAUGUUAGGACUCCGCUGCUUGAAAGAGCUGUGAACAGAACAGCGGAGUUGAGGAAGAAGCAUGAGGAGGCUUGGAAGGAAUAUGGUUGCACCAUAAUGUCCGAUGGGUGGACUGACACAAGCCACCGCCAUCUCAUCAAUUUCCUUGCUAACAGUCCAGCAGGGACUUUCUUUCUAGGGUCUGUUGAUGCUUCAAGUGAGAUAGCAAAUGCGAAUAUGUUGGCUGACUUGUUGGAGAAGCAAAUUGAUAAGGUUGGGAAGGAACACGUGGUGCAGAUUAUCACUGACAAUGGAGCCAACUUCAAGGCAGCAGGGAGGCUUUUAAUGGAGAGGAUCCCACAUCUAUUUUGGACACCAUGUGCAGCCCAUUGCUUGGAUUUGUUGUUGGAGGAUAUUGGGAAGAUCAAGGAAUUCCACACUUGCAUCAACAUGGCACAGAAGGUGACCAGAUUCAUGUACAAGCACGGGAGGGUUCUAGAUCUAAUGCGAAAUAAGAUUGGAGGAGAUCUUGUGAGGCCAGCUGUAACUCGUUUUGCCACUUCAUUUCUCACAUUGGCAAGCCUGCAUAAGAACAGGAGUGGAUUGAGAAAUUUAGUGGUUAGUGAUGAAUGGCAUGCUACCAGUUUCUCUACCACUCAAGAAGGCCGGCGAGUUGAGAACAUUAUCCUUUCAAUGCCAUUUUGGAAUAAAGUGGAAUUAUGCCUAAGAGCUUCACAACCACUUCUUGUAGCUCUAAGGAUAGUAGAUGGAGAUGAGACACCAGCAGCUCCUGAGAUUAUGGCAGCCAUGGAUGUUGCAAAGGCCGCAAUCAAGGAUUCUUUGCAACGCAAACCAGAUUUACUCAAAGAGGUACUAAAAUACUAUGAUAAUAGAUGGGAAAACCAAAUGGAGCAGCAGCUGUAUGGAGCAGCCCUAUACUUGAACCCAAGCAAGUUCUUUGCCCUAAAGGAAAAGGAUAGGAGACAAGCAGGAAGGCUGAGAAUCAUGUUUAAUCAAGUUAUGUGGAAGAUGGUGACCGAUGAUGAGGAGCAGAACAAGAUAAGCAAGCAGGUAGAAGACUAUGAGAGGGCUGAAGGCGAAUCCUUCUCACAACCAGGAGCAAUAAGAGACAGAGAUAGAAAAAAUCCUAAACCAGUUCAGGAAGGUGGUGGCAAUGCUAUGACUUGGGCUGUUGUGGAUGAGGCUAUUGGUGCAACUCAGGGUCUAGAGGGACGUAACUUGCCUAGGGCUGCUGCUACUCGUGCUGCUGUUGCUGCCCCUGUGAGGCGUACUUAUGCUAGGAACAGGAAGCGUCCAAGGAACACAGUGACUCUGACACAAGAUAUUGAUGAUGAAGACCAAGAUCAGCAUGUAGAUUCAGCAAUAGCAAUGGAGGAGGAUGAAGAAUAUGCACCAACUGAAACUGGAGAUGGACCAACUGGAGAUGGAGAUGGAGGCUUCACUUUUAAUGCUUCCAGCAGCAAGUCAGCAAAGAAAUGGAGUUUGGGACAAGAAUAUGGACCUCUGGACAUGGUAGAAAAGGGAAGAAAACAACUCCCACAAGUUUUAUGCUUUUUUGUGACUGCUAUACUAUGCCCCUAUGCUUUGACAAACCUUGGUUCUCAUAUCUUGUCAUUUAACCUAUGCUUACUAUUACUUAUUCCCUCUAAUGCAUGUUAA